AUGCCUAACCGUCCGAGAAAAUAUCAACCGAGAAAGAAAUUUCGUUGUGGUCGUCUUGUUCUGAACAGCAAUGGUACGAUCAAAACGGUGGAUCUGAAAUGUGGUGGCGGCACUCGGCUUUGUCAAUGGCGUCAUGGGCAAAUGAAUUUUCGCGAUGUUCAUCAAGAGCUUCUCAAGGUUUAUAACCUACGUCACAAGCAGAAUCAAACCUAUCUGUACGAUUUUCAAAGACAACGAAUCGAUGCAUCUCAAUACAGAACAUUCCGUGAAUACAUUAAUCGAAAUGGAUUGCAUGGAAACAACAUUGUUGUUUAUUUAUGCACUCACAAAGAUGAUGAUUUACCACCACCACCAUCUACGACGACAACAACAACAACUACAAAUGACAUCCCGCCGAAUGAAGAAGAAUCUCGUUCACACGAAGAACCAUAUAAAUUAUCGAUUGAAUAUUCGUUCAACGACUCGAUAAACGAAUUGAUGCAAAAAGCUCGUCAGCUGGUCGAUCAAGACCGUUCGAAUCGAAUACACCAACAGAUCUACGAAAAGAUCUGCGUUAUUUAUGGUUAUGUUUUCGGAAUAAUUAUCCCGCUACAACAAAGUCUUCAACGAUCAGACCAGCUCUCGACUCAUCUCGAUCAAUUAAAUAACGUUUGUCAAACGUUCGAAUCGACCAAGUCACUCUUUCAUGAAAAUCGAGACAAGUUUCAUCAACUUCCAUUGUUCGUUACGGUUUUCAAUUCGUUCUCUCAGUUGUACAAUAAUGUUCAAGUGCUUCAAGUUUGUUGCUCGAGAUCUGUCAAGAGGGAAAAUAUCGAUGCAUCGGACACAAACAUCGAAAUUAUUCAAAUCGAAUCGGUUUCGUCGACAAAUGUAUCUUACGAAGAAGCCGAAAGAACGUUACAAACCUUAGUAAAACUAUUCAAUCGUUUGCUAUCUGUAGUAAAAUCUGAGUGCACUGCAUCGUUUCAAGAACUGAUCGUGUCAUCAAUCGAAACACUGAACUCGAUCGAAUCGUCGGCUAGUGAAAAUAUGCAUGUGUUACAGUCGAUACAGAAUCAAUUGAAAAAGGAAUUAACCGAUCAAACUUUACUUCAACCGAAAACAUCGUCCGAUUUUAAUUUAUUUCAUUUAUGUCGAGAUGCGUUGGUCACUUUAGGAAACUUGAUUAAGUUACUCAAACAACUUGCGUCAUGA